AUGGCCCCCCCCUCUAUCCUUUUUUCAUUUGUUUCUUUGUCUGCAACAACAGCAGCAACGAGGAGUGUCACGCAUGCGGAGGAUCAGCAGCAAAAGAAGCGAAGGCAAAGCAGCAGCAACGCCAGAACAGCAGCAACAACAGCAGCAACAGGAAGAGCAGCAGCAGCAGCAGCAACAACAACUGCAGCAGCAGCAGCAGCAACAGCAGCAGGCGCAGCACUAAUCCGAGCAGAAGACAAGCAUCAUCAUAAUCAUGAUCAGCAGCAACAGCAACAGCAGCAGCAGCAGCAACAGCAGCAGCACCACCACCACCACCAGCGACAGCAACAGCAGCACCAGCAACACAACCACCACCAGCGACAGCACCAGCAGCAGCACCACCAGCACCAGCAGCAGCAGCAGCAGGAGCAUCACAAUACCUGA